GUGUUUUGGUACAGUUCACAACGGCCUGGUGAUCAGCCAACAGUCCAGCUAAGAUUAACUCAUAAACUAGCUGCGGUACCAUGGCUCAAAAGUUUUGCAUCGCCUUUGCCCUCCUGGCAACUGCGGCUAUCCGGGCAGCACCUUUCCACGGCCACGAACACCAUGGCCACCAUGGCGGUGCCACCAGUCACGCCUCCGUGCACCUAACAUCCCACGACGACCACCAGGAUCAUCAUCAUGAGCAUCAUGGGCAGGAUGGGCACCACGACUCCCAUGCUGAAUACGACUUCCACUACGGCGUCAAGGAUCACAAGACUGGGGAUGUCAAGUCGCAGAGCGAGUCGCGACAUGGCCACACGGUUACCGGGCACUAUGAGUUGAUCGACGCCGAUGGCCACAAGCGAACUGUCCACUACACGGCGGACAAGCACAAGGGAUUCGAGGCCCAUGUGCACCGGGAGAAGCUGCACGACCACCACCAGGCGGAGCACCAUGGCCAUGGACACAGCGCUGGACACGUUGAGUUCGAGGAGCACUCCUCGCACUCCGGCCACGAGGAGCACGGUCACGGACAUGGACAUGGAAGCAGCUCCCACAGCUACUCGCUGAAACAGGAACACGGACAUGGACACAGCCACGCUCAGGAUCAUGGCUUUGAGCACGGAUACGGCUACCAUUGAAAACUCGUUAUCGAUCUUUUAUUGAACUCUUACCAAAUACCUAUUGUUGUUAUACCAAAAUAAAGCAGGC